AUGGCAUUUCAACCCCCCACCGACCAUUUGGGUCCCUUUCCCCAUUCGUCCUUCUUCGAAAAUUCCCUCGUGGGGUCAGCAGAGCCUUAUGACGACUCAAACCCAGACCUCUUUUCCGUCUCUUUUCCCAUUCCUCCUGGUCUCUGGUCAGACUUGAAUUGGGAAGGGAUCGAUUUCAACCAUUCACCCGACGCCGCUUACCCUUCCUCUUCUCGUAUUCUUGGGCCGAGGCCGACUCAUCAGGCAGCUCUCUUGAAUCUAAUCCCACUCCCUGCUCCGGCAUCAGCACCGAGACUCCCCAACCCCUCGAGCCAAGCUUAUCCGGAGCCUCAUGACAUCGUAUCUGAUCAGGCUCUCGACUGUCAUGCGUCUCCCAAUGCAGGACUGGCAUCAUCACCAUGCGGAAUCAUCCAUCCACCCCAAAUGAUUGGCGUUGAUGCCUACUCUAGCCUGCCUCGAGGGACUUCCGGAAGCGGGGAAGACAAUGGCUUAUAUUCAGCGCCUCCAGGCUAUCGAUGGCCUACUUCAGAGAGUCAUCACAAAGUUCAGAGCUGGAAUUUCGGGGCGAAGCAACCCACAGCAAACUUGAACAGUGCAAAUCCUGGACAGCACCAGCAUUCAUACGGCGCCUUUCAUCUGAACCUUAACCACUUGUCAUCAAGCAUAAACUAUGCACCGGUCUUGGCAGAUGCUGUAGCAUCGUCCCAGCCAUGCCAACCUGUUGGAGCCUCAGGACAUAGUGGUUGGUCGGAUCAAGAAAAUGGAAGCCAUCUCAUCCAGGAGUACGUUGAUGAGUUGACAGAUGCAGUGAAUCAGUGGCUCGAUCCUCAAGAGGAUCUCUACAACUGGGUGACACAGCCUUGCGACGGGUAUGACGGGCAUGAUGUGGAUCGUGAGGCAAUUGGGUUCGACCACUCUGUGGGGGUCCAGUCUCCUCUUGAUGGAUGUGGAAGUCUGAUACCGUACUCAACAUCACGUACGCCACAGUUGAGAGACGACCCACGAACUCCGUCUUUGUCAACAAGUGCCACCACUCCUGAGUCGACUGGUAAUUCUGGUCCGCCCACCCCAGAGCCCAGCUUGCCGAAGCGCAUAUGCAAGAGCCAGUCAGCGACUUUUCAGUUCGUUCAGUACACUGCUGGAAGCGACAUAGGUGAUAGGACCUCCAAAAAGCGGCUGACUUAUGACGAUGAUGAUAAAGACGGUUCAGCCAAGAUUGUUAGAAAAGAUGUCAUGAGAGAUCAAGAAGGGACAGUCAAAGGUUUCCAGUUCGUCUUUCACCCUCGGGAGAAACCCGUCAAAAAGGUUCGGAAAACCGAAGAGCAGAAGAGAACCAGUGCGUUGGCCAGAAAGAAUGGGUGUGACCUUCACGAGAAAGGUCCCUUUGAAAGCUGUGGUGCAUGUCCAAAUCCUCGAACAAAGCCGAUCCAAGUUGAAAUGUUUGCUAACAAUAGGCAAUCUUUUGCAGGCCCAGCGGUCAAUGAACCACUUUUCAUUAAGCGAGAAACGGUUUUCAGGCUUACAGACUUCUCGAAACCUGAUGUUGGCGUCAUUAGGCUGGAGCUCACACAGAACAUCGGCAAACAUCAUUUGGUGGUGUACGCCUCCCAAUUUGAGCCAUUGCCGGGAGACAAACUGUCUUACACGCCAACGGCGGACAGAAGGACGGGACGAAAGCACAAUAUACCAAUGCCCCAUUUUUGUCUGACCAAUUACGACGAGGUUCAUCUUAACAUAUUGAAGUAUUUCCACUCGUCCAAACAAGACUACCUGCACAUGCUCAAGGGCAAUGGUAGUCUGACUUGGGAUAUUGUAUCCAUGGCCAUCGAAUACGCCAGAACCAAAAAGUGUUCACUUGUUGAUACGGCCCUUGAUCUCUGGGUUAUUUGUAGGAUGAUUGAAGACCCAUGGGAAUUACUGGAGAACAAUGAACUCGGUGUUUCCCGCGUGAAUCUGCCUGGAACCAAAUUCCAUGGCAAAAUUCCAAUUCCUCCAAUGAUGGACACUCAACUGGAUCAGGUCAUAAUUCAGACUGUUUUGAAUCAUCUCCGAGGCAAGCUCAUCCGCUUGUUUGAGAGGAAUAUCUCUCCAGCAAAGCCUGAGACUUGGUUCGAAACCUUUCUUGCCUCAUUCAUCAUGCUCACCCACAUCGAAAGGCUAGCGGCACACUCUGUCCGGCAUGCCGAGACCCACACAAUGCCGACCAAAUACUCCAACACCAAGUUCCUUGAGCAGGCUUUCCAUACUGCAAAGAUCAUCCUCUCGCGUUUCCACUACGCGUGUAAUGGGUCUGUACCGCUGGGCCUUGACUGGAAAGCGUCCCAGGUCUCUUCGAUGGCCAAGCUUGGGCCCAAAGAAGUUGAAUUCAUGCAGAGAAUACAAAAAGAAUUCAAGAAGAGAGAACAUGAUCUUCGCAAUCUCCCCUCCAAACAUGAAUACGAGACUGACGGGCAUUGGUAUCAUCAGCUAUUCAUCGAAGACUGGGACACGUCCCCUGUCGAAGUAAAGGACCCGUACGAGUGA